ACUCCGAGCCUAACUUAAUAGACCUAGAAACAGCAUCAUAUCCCAUCAGUUGUUAUAAGUUUGGACAAAGGAGAUUGCCAAGGUGGGGCAAAAACAAGGAAUAACUCUUCAUAUAUUCGGAAUUCGAAGAGAAGAAAAUGGCAACUACGCUGCAGGGAACAACAGUCCUGGUGACCGGCGCAGGCGGCGGGCUGGGCAAAGUGAUAGCAAAGGCUUACCUGGAUGCCGGCGCUAACGUAGCCGUCUGCGACAUCAACGAGGAACGACUAGCUUUAGCUCGGUCCGAGCUGCAAGAGACAGGACGCUUCGCCGCCUUUAACACGGACAUUACGAACGAAGAGGCCGUGGCCAAGCUCGUAGCCGACGUCGUAGCCAAGUUCGGUCGCCUCGAUAUCCUCGUCAGCAAUGCCGGCAUGACGGACAAGUUUGACCCCGUCGGUUCUGUAACCAAGGAGACUUGGGAUAGAAUCAUCAACCUUAACCUCACCGGUUCGUUCCUCGUCUUUAAGGCCGGUGUUAAUGCCAUGGAGAAGCAGUCACCACCAGGCGGAACCAUCAUCCAGAUCGGCUCGACGGCGAGCUACCACGGCAUGUCGUCUGGUGUCGCUUACGCAGUCAGCAAACACGGCGUAGCCGCCCUAGUAAAGAGCACAGCCGGCUACUACGCAGCGAAGGGCAUCUACGCGAUCGGGCUGCUGCUCGGCGGCAUGAUCGACACCAACAUACAGGACAGUUUCACGGUACUGGGCGGAUUCAACACCGAGGCUUACGCGCAGAGCGUGUCCGCGAAUUUCAAGCCCGAGAUGGCUAUCAAGACCAAAGAUGUCGCCAAGUACUGUGUGUUCCUCGCUGAUAGGGGUAUUGCCGAGACGUCUAACGGGUCGUUGAUUAACUUUAACAAGAACUACCCUAACGCGUAAAAUGUAUUGGGAGUUGUGGCUGUAAAUAUAAUCUGGAUAAAGCGAUAGUUUGAUGGCUCGUCUCUAUUUUAGAAGUUACUUGGUUGGGCUGAUUGCGUUGCGAGGUUUGUCUAAUCGUGUAAGUAGGAAUGUAUCAGGAUUCUAGAUGAGACAUCUAGAACAAAUGAUAUGUUCAGUAUGUAUAGACACAGACUCUUGUAGGAUCAGAGUUCCUUGUGGAACAACGAAGUUGUUUCCCUACUGUUUAGUUCCACCUCGCGACAAAAUGGAUCCGGUCCUCUACCUUAGGUAAGUAGGUAAGUAGGUACAGAGAGCGAGAGCGAGAGCGAGAGAGAGAGAGAGAGGUCUUACUAAUCUCUCCAGCACGGGCUCAUACAAUAGCAUACCAUCUAGACAAAGCCACGAGGUCCCUUAAGUGUUUCACUGCUCGGGAUUCUGGCCAUCCAGCUUGGCUCAUAUAUAGUCAGUGUAGUUCUC